AUGUCUGUUUCUAAGGUUCAUUCUAGGUACGUAUACGACUCGCGUGGUACUCCCACAGUGGAAGUUGAGGUCACCACGGAUAAAGGAACGUUCAGAGCCAUUGUUCCCUCUGGAGCGUCUACUGGUAUUCACGAGGCAGUGGAGCUGAGAGACGAUGAUAAGUCCAAAUGGAUGGGCAAAGGUGUCCUUAAAGCUGUUUCUAAUGUCAACGAUAUUCUCGGACCCAAGUUGGUGCAGUCAGAGCUCAGGGUCACAGAUCAAAAGGCCGUGGACGACUUACUCAACAAGCUGGACGGCACUGAUAAUAAGAGUAAACUUGGCGCUAAUGCAAUUUUGGGUGUUUCUAUGGCGGUUGCUCGCGCAGGUGCGGCGCAAAAGGGAGUGCCCCUUUACGAGCAUAUUGCAGAUUUGUCCGGUACGAAAAAAGAUCCCUAUGUGUUGCCUGUUCCAUUUAUGAAUGUACUUAAUGGUGGUGAGCAUGCUGGUGGAAGCUUGCCUUUCCAAGAAUUUAUGAUUGGAGCCACGUCUGCCAAAUCGUUUGCCCAAGCGGUCCAGUGGAACUCUGAAGUCUACCAUGUAUUGAAAUCUCUUGCUAAAAAGAAGUAUGGGUCAUCUGCCGGAAACGUCGGUGACGAGGGGGGUGUUGCGCCCGACCUGCGCACUGCCGAGGAGGCUUUGGAUUUAAUUGUAGAAUCUAUUAAAACAGCUGGCUACGAGGGGAAAGUGAAAAUCGCAAUGGAUGCCGCUUCCUCGCAGUUUUUCAAGGAUGGUAAGUACGAUCUUGAUUUCAAGAGCGCUCAGUCAAAUCCAGCUGACUGGCUUACGACUGACCAGUUGACAAACAAAUACCACGAAUUAGUUGAAAAGUACCCUCUUGUGUUUUUGGAGGAUCCUUUUGCGGAGGACGACUGGGCUUCCUGGCAAAAAUUUUAUGCGUCCAAUGUAGGUGUCGCUGUGGUUGCAGAUGACUUGGUAUGCACGAACCCUGUCAGAAUUUCAAAAGCAAUCAAAGAAAAGUCAGCCGACACAUUGUUACUAAAGAUGAACCAGAUCGGGACAGUGUCAGAAACUCUCAUGGCUUCCAAAGAAGCGCUAGAAGCAGGGUGGGGUGUUCUUGUUUCUCAUAGAUCAGGUGAAACUGAAGACACAUUCAUCGCAGAUCUCGUCGUCGGCCUCAGGACAGGUGAGAUCAAAUCAGGUGCGCCCACUAGGUCCGAAAGAGUAGCAAAGUACAAUCAACUUUUAAGGAUUGAGGAGGAAUUGGGUGAUUGUAUCUACGCAGGGGAGAAAUUUCACGAGGGCUUCAGGUUAUAA